AUGGCACCACCGAAAUGGACGACAGCCGAACAAGAGGCAUGGCUCCAACCAUGGUAUGAAAAGUACCUGGGAAAGCAAAGCGAAAAAUGCAGGAACUACAGCAACUUUUUUGCAGACCUUAACGAACACUGGUUUGAUGCAUUCCCGGAGCCUCGCCCCAAUAACUGUACGACAGUUGGACCAUUGACAAAAGAAGAAAUGGAUAGCGCAGUGGAUGCACGCAAAGACAAAUUGUACAUACGUUUCAAGAAUAACUGCGGUGGGUCGAAGGCUGGACGACAGGCAAAGGCAAAGGCUACCGAUGCCUUCAAUGCUGUGGUACGAAGAAUAACAGAGUGUGAAAAACCCACUCGGACACUUCAAGAACAUGAGGCUUACUCUAAACUUUACUAUGCCGACCGCAUCCAAAAAUCGGUUCAAGAAACACUCAAAAAAGCAGAAGAGGAACAGCCACUCACUAAUGGCCAGCACAUAGCUCUUUUGAAAAAGGAGACAGCCGCUCUCUACGCAGACGAGUCUGAGGAUGUUAAGAGUCAGGUCAAAGAGUACAUCGCGGCUCAGAAGAACCAGCGCAUGGACCGACCAGAGACUUGGAGUAUUGAGGAUCAAGAGCGAAAUCUUACGAAGUUGGCGGCAAUUGUGAACCAGUUCAUAAGAGGUCUUGCAGAUGCCACCGGCCUGGCAUUUAGUCUUCUGGUGGGCGGUCCUUCUGCAGAGUUAGGUGGCUUAAUUGAUGUGUGGAGUUUCCAUGUCGGACAUACAAAACUAGGGAACGAUUUCAGUCAAGCGUACCCUGAUUUUGAUAGCGGGAUUAUCGCACCAUUUCGUGAUUAUCUGUAUCGUGUGUACCCGGAUGCCGCAAUGUUGAAGCCAGGGGAAAUGGGUAUGUCAAAGAACUCAACUGCGAGUGUUGACUGGACGAUAACACCAAGUAGUACCGAAGUACCUCUCCCCUCGUCAUCGUCAUCUUUGACGCCGUCGUCUCUGACUUUCGACAAUCAGUUUGAUUUAAAUUCUGUUGAGCAUGCAGAGCUGGACUGGCUGUCUGAUGACUAUCUUGAUAAGUUACAUCAGAUGUCUAUGCAGAUGCUGCCAGGUGCGCCUGCUACAGGUCCAGCUGACCCUCCCCCACAUACACCCAUCCCUCUUGGUCCUACUGCGACUGCAGCGCCGAUUAUCAGUCGUCCCACUCCGUCAAAUUCAUUGGCCUCGCCUCCUGUUGCCUUUCCCCCCAUUUUUUCUGACCCUCCCCCACAUACACCCCUCCCUCUUGGUCCUACUGCGACUGUGGCACCGACUAUCAGUCAUCCCACCCCGUCAAAUCUCUUGGUCCCACUACCUGCAACUCUUUCCCCCAUUCUUUCGCCCCCUAUUGUGCCACUCUCCAAGAUGAUAGGCCCCGCUGCGCUCUCCACUGUGCUAUCAGCUGCAGCUUCACUGCCUGCUGUGUCGCCCUACAUGAUUGACACUCACCUUCCUCAACCCCAGCCACUGCCACGCCGCACUGCUUCAGUUAGUGCAGAAGCCCUGCCUGCUGCAUCACCCUCCAUGGUUGACACUCACCUCCCUCAACCCCAGCCACUGCCACACCGCACUGCUUCAAUUAGUGCAGAAGCCCUACCUGCUGCGUCACCCUCCAUGGUUGACGCUCACCUCUCUCAACCCCAGCCGCUGCCACGCCGCACUGCUUCAACUAGUGCAGAAGCCAACAACGAUGUUGCCGAAGGUGGUCGCCGUCGCAGUGCACGAGCCCCCAUGCCAUCUACACGCAACACUGUUGCAAACUCUAUUGGAGGUACAGAUAGUUUGCCACACGCAUCGAUUUCCAAACGCGUGCGCGAAGUUCAAUCAUCGACAAAGGCAGGCCGUCGACCUAAGUAA